CCGCUCCCCUCUCCGGGGCGGUGGUACGGCCCGCUUGGUUGUCAGGCUGGCGCCGGCAGGAAACUGCGUGGACGCUGCUGGGGUUGUUGCGCCUGUUGCCGGCGAUGGGCCAUGAGCGCCGGUUGCCCCCUCGCCUCUACCUGCUGCCGCCGCCCAGAGCGUGAGCAGCCGCUGCCGCUGUAAGAUGGCCGCCGGGGAGAGCCGGCAGGAGGCUCCGGAGGCUGCAGCCGCGGGCCUGUGGCCCGGCUUCCAAGAGACAGCGCAGCGCUUCUGCGGGCUGGCCCUGGAGCGAGCGCGGAGCGUUGUGGCAGCGUUGCCUGAAGAUAUGAGACCUGGUCCUGAUCUUUAUGGUUUCCCAUGGGAAAUAGUGAUUUGUGCUGCAGUUGUUGGAGUUUUUACAGUCUUACUGUUUCUGUGUAGGAGUUAUCAAUCAGUUAGAAGCAGACUUUAUAUAGGAAGGGAAAAACAACUUGCCAGUAAAGUUGCUGAACUACUUGAAGAGAAAUGCGAAGUUCUUGAAAAACUUAGUCUCCACAAGAAAGAGUAUGAAGACUUAGAAUCAUCUCUAAAGGAUGCCAGUCUUCUGAAAGAGUCAACAAAUACAUCACAUAUUGAGGCAACCUGUGAAAAACUGAACAGGUCAAACACUGCACUCAAGGAUGAAAUAGAGAAUUUAGAAAAAGAGCUGGAAGAAGAGAAGUCAAAGCGAUCAGAACAGGAUGACUUGAUGGUGGAAAUACAGAGAAGAAUGGAGUCUUUAGAAAAUGAAGCAAAAUCUAUCCAGUCACAAGUGGCAGAAGCCAAGACCACAUUAAAAGUAUUUCACAUUAAUAAAGAGAGACUUGAAACCUCUGUCCAAGAUGCAAUACAGGAAAACUGUCAUCUUCAGGAAAGCGAGAAACAGCUUUUACAAGAAGCUGAAGGAUGGGGUGAACGAUUUAGUGAACUAAAUGAACAAACAAAAAUGUUUGAAUCGUCUAAAGCAGAUAUGGAGGAAGCUCUGAAAAACAAGGAAAGUCAAGUCAAGUCAUUGACAGAAUGUUUAUUGAAGAUGAAAGACUGGAGCAUAGCAAUAGGAGAAGACCACACUGAAGACAACCACUGGGAUGUUGAUAUAACAGAAAAUGGUGAGCUUUUAGAUGAUCAGCAAAAACGAACUAUAAAGAAAUUGAUCUAUGCUGCUAAGUUAAAUGCUUGUUUAAAAACCCUGGAAGCAGAAAGAAAUCAAGUAUAUUUAAAACUGGCAGAUGAAGAUAAAGCUAAAGAAGAACUUAAGGAACGCAUUGAAAACCUCCAAAGUGAGCAAGUCUCCUUACAGUCUGAAAAUGCACAUUUUGAAAGUGAACUUCAGAAGCUUCAGCAAAAGCUUAAAGUAAUGACUGAGCUAUAUCAAGAAAAUGAAAUGAAACUACACAGGAAACUAACAGUAGAAGAGAGAGAACGGUUACAGAAGGAAGAAAAACUCUCUAAAGUAGACGAGAAAAUUAAUCAUGUUGCUGAAGAACUAAACAUUUACAGACAACGAGCAAAAGAUCUAGAAGAAGAGCUAGACAGAACCAUUCAUUCUUAUCAGAGUCAGAUUACUUCACAUGAGAAAAAAGCUCACGAUAACUGGCUGACAGCCCGGGCAGCGGAAAGACAUCUCAAUGAUCUGAGAAAAGAAAAUGCACACAACAGACAAAAAUUAACUGAAAUGGAAUUUAGAUUUGACCUUUUAGAAAAAGAUCCUCAUGCUCUUGAUGUCCCAGUUAGACCAUUUGGCAGAGAGCAUUCCCCAUAUGGACCCUCACCCAUGGGCCGGCCUUCAUCUGAAACAAGAGCUUUUCUUUCCCCGCCAACCUUAUUGGAGGGCCCUUUAAGACUUUCACCUAUGCUUCCAGGUGGAGGAAGAGGAUCAAGAGGAGCAGGGAACCCUGCCAUGUAUGAAGCGGCUAAUGAAAGAGGAGAAUUGAGCUCUGGUAGGUUAUCUGAUCCCCACAGAGCACCUUCAGACACUGGGUCCCUAUCUCCUCCAUGGGAUAGAGAUCAUAGGAUAAUGCUCCCAUCAUCAGGUCAGCCAUAUAAUGAUCCGACUCUUCCCCCUCGAAGACAAGAAAGAUUUUAUUCUAAUCCUCCAAACUCAGGAAGACUUUCUGGACCAGCAGAACUACAAAGUUAUAACAUGCAGUCUUUUGAUAAAGCAGAUGGGCAAGCAUCUCCAGAAAAUAGUUUGAGGACAGAGCCAAGUGGAAAUGGAACUAAAGACCAUCCCAAUUUUAGUAAUUUCCUAAAUGUGUCUGAUCACUCACUUGCCUCUGAAAGUGAAGCAAUUGGAUCAGGGUUUGCCCCCCCACCUCUCCCUCCAGUGAGAGCUCCUCUGCUGCCAGUGGAUCCUAGAGGAGCUUUUAUUAGAAGAGGACCUCCUUUCCCACCUCCUCCUCCUAUUGGCAUGUAUGGACCUCGUGAAUAUUUUCCGAGGGAUUUUGCUGGUCUACCACAUCCUUCAGUGGCAAUGAGAAAUCCAUUUCCACUGAGGCCUUUUUCUCAAUAUCCACCACAAAGAGCUGGAUCUUUUCCACCUCCUCCGCCUUCACUUGAAAAUAGGAGUGAGCCUCCUGGGUUAAUUCAUCAAUCAAAUACUCCAGCUACAGGACAUCCAGAGCCACAGCAAGACACCUGAUGCUGUUGUCUGACAUCUUGGGAAUUAACCUGAUGUACUGUUUCUAUACCUGUGAGAUCUUCAGUUAAGUAACUUUUGUUACUUAAGGGAUUCUAUAUAAAUACUUUGCUCAAAUUGAAGCUUAAUAGAAUAAUUCUCAAGAUAGUGUUUUGUAAAUAAGGAUAAAUUAAAUGGUUUUCAUUGUACAGUAGUCAUUGUAAAUUAAGUAUUUUUAAUUUGAGUCACCUGUUCUGAAGGUGUACUAAACUAGAGUAACAUUAAGAACUGUCCAGCUAUUGUCUCAGCUGCAUAGGAAAACUCUGCAUGCAAAGAGUGGUGCUUGCUGUAGGAAUAAGACAAAAUGUGAAAAUAACAUGUUUGAAUAAAUAAAAUGCAGUCACUAAACUUG